AUGAUUGGAAGUUACCUGUUUCAUUUAUGGAAGCGCAGCAAGAAAACGACCUUUUCAGAGGCUUUAAGAUUUAAUGCAGAUUAUGGUGUUUUCGAAGUAAUUAAUAAUGCUCCACAACUUCUGGAAAAGCAACUCAGAAAAAUUCUACAAAGCCAGCAGCCUCGAAAUCCCAUCUAUGAUGUCGUAAGGAGGGGGAAGAAUGAUGCUAGACCUCCUGCAAUGAGUGCCUCCUUGGACAAGGACACCAUCAAUGUCAACUACAAUAUUAUGUGUCUUAGUCGUGAGCAAGGUAUUAAGUGGAUCAAGAAAGAAAGACUCCCUGCAUUUUUGGAAAGUGACUGCUACUUUGAAUACAGGCCUCCUAUACUCAAACAAAAGAUUGGUUUACAUUGGCAAAGGAGAGUCAGCAAACAUCAACAACCUUUUCAUUACACAGCAGAGAGGAGCCACCACUUAUCUCUUCCGUUUCUGAGAGUUUUAUCUUUAAUGAUGGAGUUCACCCCAGGACGAAAAAGGACCCAUCUCAUCCCACGGCAUUGAUUUCUGAGUUUGAAGAAGGCUCCGUGGCUGUCCGUGACACUCCUUCCCAAGCUCUUCUGCGAGUGUACCUUGAAAAGCAAGAGGAUGCUAAU